AUGGGGACAAAGAAAGAUGACGGAGGGCUUGCGGAAAGCGGCGCUGGUAUGUUGAUAGGGAUGGAGAAGAAAACUCUGUCACCGUUUUACCUUCAUCCAUCAGAUGGACCAGGAAACGUGAUCACGACGGUUCAACUAAAGGGAGAAAAUUACGAGGAUUGGGCAAAGCAUGUGCGGAACGCCUUGCGCACCAAGAGAAAGUUGGGUUUCAUUGACGGAACACUAACAAAACCAGAAAAGGAGGAUGAGAUAGAGCAGUGGGAUGUAGUGAACUCGAUGUUGGUGGCAUGGAUCAUGAAUACAGUCGAACCAACACUCAAAAGUUUGAUCUCAAUGGUGGAUGAAGCAUAUUCUCUGUGGGAGGAUAUUAAACUACAGUUCUCUGUUGGAAAUGGACCUCGUAUGAGUGAGCUGCGAGCGGUGUAUAAACCGAUCACGACGUGUAGCUGUGGAGAACUUGCACAGCAACUGGAGGAAGAUAGGAAUGAAGAGAAGACAAAUACAUUCUUGAAUGGCUUGGAUACAACGAGAUUUGGGACAGUGCGCUCUACCAUAACAAGCAUUGAGCCACUUCCCAAGCUCACGCAAGUGUAUCAUCGGAUUGUUCGCGAAGAGCGACAGCAAACCAUAGCACGGAACAGGGAGACUCCAACUGAAGUUGUUGGAUUUUCAGCAAAUGCAGGGAACCGCUUUGCCUCAAAAGAGACGGUGUGUGGGCAUUGUGGAAAGACUGGACACACAAAGUUAGAUUGUUAUCAGUUGAUAGGCUAUCCUGAGUAUUGGGGUGAGAGAGGCAGAGACUUCAGUGAAAGAGGAAGAGGAGGCAGAGGUCAUGGAAGGUUUGGACGUGGAGGUGGUGCAGCAGGCCGCAGUGGAGGUCGCGGAACCUAUGGACGUGCCCACAUGGCACAAAUGCCUCACGUCUUAGCAAAUUCAGCAAAGAAGGAAAGUUCAUACGAUCGUCAUUCUCUUCCGCAACUUAACGAUGAUCAAUGGACUGCUCUUCUCAGUUUUCUGUCAUCUCAAAAAUCAGAAAAUGCAGAGAGUAGUGAAAAGCUGAAUGGUAAGAAAAAAUAUGCAGAGUUUAUUAUUGAUACUGGUGCGUCGCACCAUAUGACGUGGAAUCUGAGUUAUUUGUCUAAUAUUACUGAUAUUGCUCCUUGUGAUAUUGGUUUACCGGAUGGCAAGAGUGCCUUAGCCAUAAAACAGGGAGAUUUGUGUCUUGGAGGAGAUUUAUGGUUAAAAGGAGUCUUAUAUUCUAAAGACUUGACUUGUUCUUUGAUCUCAGUAGCAAAGUUGCUUAAAGCUGUUAAGGGAUCAAUUACAUUCACUGAUGAAUUGUGUAUAUUGCAGGACCGUACUACGAAGACGCUGAUUGGAGCGGGUGAAGAGUGCGGAGGGGUCUAUGUCUUUAGAGGAGUCAUCGGCACAAGGAUACACAAGGCAGUGAGUUCGAGAUCUCAUAAUCUUUGGCAUCGUCGCCUCGGGCAUCCUUCUAGUCGUGUUUUAUCUUAUUUAUCGAGUACUGUUGAAGUUGGAAAACUAGUUGAGUCGGAUUUGAGUUGUGAUAUUUGUUUGAGGGCCAAACAAACCCGAGAUUCUUUUCAUGAAAGUUCUAAUAAAGCUGAUGGUGUUUUUGACUUAAUUCAUUGUGAUAUAUGGGGUGCUUAUCGGACAUUGUCCUCAAAUGGAUCAGCUUAUUUCCUCACAAUAGUUGAUGACUAUUCUCGGGCUAGCGCCAAUUUGAGAAGAAGGUUAGAGUGCUUCGCAGCGACAACGGUGGAGAAUUUAUGUGCUUAA